GAUCGGCGCGCUAACCCUCGGAGUCGGAGCGGGGCUCGAACGUGAGUUGCGGCGGGGCAGGCAAGGAGCGCGACGGUUCCCCCUCCACGGGUCCGGCGGAGGAUGCGGGAGAGCACGUGGGUGUCGCUGCUGUUGCUGCUACUGCUGCCCGCGCCGCAGCGGGGGGGACCCCCGGACGGUCGCCGGUCCCCGGAGCCGGAGCCCGAGCGUGGCCCGCUGCAGCCCUUCGACCUGCUCUACGCCAGCGGUGUGGCUGCCUACUACAGCGGCGACUACGAGCGAGCGGUGCGGGACCUGGAAGCCGCCCUGCGCAGCCACCGGCGCCUACGGGACAUCCGCACGCGCUGCGCCCGCCACUGCGCGGCCCGCCGCCCGCUCGCGCCCCCCGGCGCCGGCCCCGGAGCCGAGCUGCCCUUCUUCCGCGCGGUGCUCGAGCGGGCGCGCUGCUCCCGCAGCUGCCAGAACCAGCGGCUGGGCGGCCCCGCGUCCCGCCACCGCGUCAGCGAGGACGUGCGCAGCGACUUCCAGCGCAGAGUUCCCUACAACUACCUGCAGAGGGCCUACAUCAAGCUCAACCAGCUGGAAAAGGCCAUGGAAGCAGCUCACACGUUCUUCAUGGCGAACCCCGAGCACAUGGAAAUGCAGCAGAACCUAGAGGACUAUAAAGCCACAGCAGGAGUGGAAGCCCCCCUGGUAGACCGAGAAGCCAAGCCACACCUGGAAAGCUAUAACGCUGGAGUUAAACAUUAUGAGGCUGAUGACUUUGAAGCAGCAAUCAAGUACUUUGAACAAGCUUUAAGAGAGUAUUUCAAUGAAGAUAUGGAGUGCCGUGCCCUAUGUGAGGGACCUCAGAGAUUUGAGGAAUAUGAGUACUUAGGGUAUAAAGGUGGUCUUUAUGAGGCAAUCGCAGAUCACUACAUGCAGGUUCUGGUCUGUCAGCAUGAGUGUGUGAGAGAACUCGCCACCCGCCCAGGCCGCCUCUCACCAGUCGAGAACUUUCUUCCCUUGCAUUACGACUACCUCCAGUUUGCCUACUACAGAGUUGGUGAAUACGUGAAAGCCUUGGAGUGUGCCAAAGCCUACCUGAUGUUCCAUCCAGAUGAUGAGGAUGUCCUGGACAAUGUAGACUUCUAUGAGAGUCUGCUGGAUGACAGCACUGAUCCAGCAUCCAUUGAGGCCCGAGAGGAUUUAACAGCAUUUGUCAACCGUCAUAAACUUGAAGCUGAACUGAUCAAGUCAGCUGCAGAGGGCCUGGGAUUUUCAUAUGCUGAACCGAAUUACUGGAUCAGCUAUGGAGGACGGCAGGAUGAGAACCGAGUCCCCUCAGGGGUGAAUAUGGAUGGGGCAAAAGUUCACGGAUUGUCAAUGGGGAAGAAGUCACCACCCAAGAUAGGUCGAGACCUAAGAGAAGGCGGCCCUCUGCUCUACGAGAACAUCACCUUCGUCUACAACUCGGAACAGCUGAACGGGACUCAACGGGUGCUUCUCGAUAAUGUCCUGUCGGAGGAGCAGUGUCGGGAACUCCACAGUGUGGCCAGUGGAAUCAUGCUGGUUGGUGAUGGAUACCGAGGGAAAACGUCACCUCACACACCCAAUGAGAAGUUUGAAGGAGCCACUGUUUUGAAAGCACUCAAAUUCGGUUAUGAAGGCCGGGUGCCCCUGAAGAGUGCAAGACUGUUCUAUGACAUCAGCGAGAAGGCUCGGAAGAUUGUGGAAUCCUAUUUCAUGCUGAACUCAACCCUGUAUUUUUCCUAUACACACAUGGUCUGCCGAACAGCCCUGUCUGGGCAGCAGGAUCGAAGAAAUGACCUCAGUCACCCCAUUCACGCAGACAACUGCCUGCUGGAUCCAGAAGCCAAUGAAUGCUGGAAGGAGCCUCCUGCUUACACCUUUCGGGAUUACAGUGCUCUCCUGUAUAUGAAUGACGACUUUGAAGGAGGAGAAUUCAUCUUCACCGAAAUGGAUGCUAAAACCGUGACUGCCUCUAUAAAACCAAAGUGUGGUCGAAUGAUCAGCUUCUCAUCUGGCGGCGAGAACCCUCAUGGGGUGAAGGCUGUCACCAGAGGCCAGCGCUGUGCUGUGGCACUGUGGUUUACCCUGGACCCUCUUUACCGAGAACUGGAGCGGAUACAGGCAGAUGAAGUGAUUGCCAUCUUGGAUCAAGAACAGCGCGGGAAGCAUGGACUGAAUAUUAACCCCAAAGAUGAGCUAUAGAAAAGAGAGUGCUCUAUUGAAUAUUUAUUUAAAUAGAUAAUCUUAUGAGAACCUUUUUAUUUUUGUACAGAGCCGUGGUAUAAAUUAACAGGAUACUGAAAGGCGUUCGAUGUUUGCCCCCCUGUCCCCGACGUUGCUCACUUUGCUUUCUUCCGCUCUUAAUUGUUUUGCUUCAGUUCAUCAUUCAGAGCCCAGUCACACCCUCAAGUACCCACCACACUGAGUCACAACACCCACACGUUCCAUGCCACACCAGUAAACAUACAACACGAAUACACUACAGAAGCGCACACAAGCCACUUAUACAUGGCACAAACUCCCAAACAUGCCACACAUACAAACAUGAGCAUACCCAAACACAUACCACCCAGAUACACAAACACUACAUCGCAGGCACGCACAUGCGCGCGCGCGCGCGCGCGCGCGCACACACACACACACACACACACACAGAGAGAGAGAGAGAGAGAGAGAGAGAGAGAGAGAGAGAGAGAGAGAGAGUUAACUUGCUGCAUAUUCACAAUCUCAACAUGAUAAGCUUGUACUUAGCACCUCAGAGCUAGAGUGUGCCCCGAGUCUAAAAGAUAGGAUGUGAAUUGGUCUCAGGCUUCCAUGGUUUGCUGCCUUUCCCCCAUCACCUUUCAUGGCACUGAUGGCUGAGAGUUCAGACUCUUCACAGCAAGCUUGCCUCAUGUCUAGGAGCUCCCAGGACACAGUCUGCCUGGCCCCAAGAAUCAAGAGAGCAGCCUCUUUCAGGCUUGAGGAAGCCACCACUGGAAUAAGGACUAUGACACGGGGUCCCCUUGGGUAGAACGUUAGGACUGGUAUUUUCAACAGAAGUUCUGAUUCCCCUCCACAGUGCUCUGUAAGGAGAGCACUUAAAUAGGCACACAGAGGUUCCAGCAGUGUAGGUUCACCCCAGUGGUGAUGGAUGAAUGGAUGUCUUUAAUUGCCCUGCCCUAGGCACUCUUGCUGCUGGAGAGAGGCUCCUGCUGGUAUUAAAUCAGAAUUGUUUCUCACAGGCUGCGCCUCAGCUGCCUCUGUUGGGCAGCCUCCUCUUCGUGCUGCUGUCAGCUCAGAGAGGCAUGCUGUGUCUGAAGUGUUUAAUAAAGGGAUCCUUGUUACAGCAUUCGUCUUCUGAUGCACAGCUAUUUUAUCUUCCGAUGAUGCUUUUGUAACUAUCUGGGACAACCCAGGAACAAUGGACCAUGACAACUCUGCCAGCAGACAGGGGCCUGCAAGAAAGUGGGUAGCUUGCUUUGGAGGGAACAGGACUGGCUAGCAAGCUGGGGGGUUAGUUCAGAGAACUUGAAGACUUAGGGGUUCAAGGCUCUGCUCGCAGACCGCGCCCACUCUUGCAAUGUGCUCCAGUGAGGUGAGGUUCACUUCCUGCCAUUUGUGAUCUGGUUCGGGGUAAGAAGAUUUGCUCAAUGGGACUGAGAAAUUCAACUACAGUGCUGUGUGCUGUUGGCCAACCACUGCCAAACCAGAAUUCUGGAUGCUACUCUGCCUGGGUAGGUUGGGCAAAGCUCUCAAUUCCCAGGUGACCUAAAGCAGUUAACUCCCUUCCUCUUUCUGGACUCCAGUUCCUCUUCUGGAAAUGGUGUAAUUCAUUAUCAUUGUUUCCAAAACCUUAUGCCAGUAGCAAGACUCAUUUUAGAAAUAUUGAAAAAUACAAGCAAAAAAAAUUUUUUUUUUUUCUGCUAACGUCUGAGAGUGGCAAGUUAUGUCACCACAGGUGUAUGCGGCUAUGAAAGUUUUACCCUGACUUUGGGGUUGACAGUUCGUGAUAUGCGAAGAAGUUAAUUUGUUUGUUCUCCACUGCAAAGCACUUGCUGGCACUAAAAACUCCAUGGUAGACAGAUCUGGGCAAGGAUCUAAUUUCUGUUUUCUGGUUACAAGACAUCAACAAAGAAAUCAGACCUUGACUCUGCACAGUUCUUGUUUCCUGGGUGUGCUCGUGCCCUGGGAGAGGCAACGGCUUCAGCAGAGGAUGUGCCAUCCAGCCCGUAGAAAGUGGGCAAGCGCCUCAGUAGAUGCCGCCACUGUUGUGUGCGAUCCCAUCGUGUGUCACGCUGACAGCAGGGAGUGGUUGUUCCCGUUCUGCUGGUUGGCCAUGUUGCUUUACACCUGGAACAUUGAAGAUAUACUAAAGCAUUUGGUUUUUUUUUUUUUUUUUUAAUCUGCUCCACAUCAAACCAUGCAUAAUUUCAUUCAAAUAUUUAGGGAGUGCCAUCAGAUGACUUAGGAAAGCCAAACUCAGAAAUUAGAGUCUAUAUGUUAAAUAGUCCUGUUUGCAAAGAAGUGGAAAAUCCCAUACGAAUUUUGGUACUUAUGAGGGCUGAAGAAAGCCAAAGAAGUUACAAUCCAAUUCCCUCUUUCACUUUGACAUGAUGCUGUGAUGAUGGAGUUAGAGCAGACAGGAGCAGAACUGAAGCCAGAGCUGUUGGAAUAGGGGAUGCAAGAAUGCCUUGCCUGUGAGGCUAAAAUCUAGAUGCAGGGCUCCCUCUACCUAGAGAAUGGGUACCUUUAUCUCUUUGGCCAAACAUGGAACUUGCCCCCCUCAUCCUUGCCUCUCCAGGUUUGGAUUCUUCCACCAGGGCCAUCUUUUCCCUUGUUGACACAAAUAGACUCUGUGCUCACAGCAGAGUAAAUAACCAAGUCCCACUUUUAUCACUUAAGGACCAUUCGUCCCUUUCUUUUUCAAAGUUCUAUAUUUCAAAGGUUGGUUCUCAUCAUCAUAAUACUGUAUUGAACAGAUAUAACACUACACAUGCUCAUUCCUGAGGAAUGCAUACAUGUUCUAAGCGUGGGAUACAAUGCCCGUUUAACAGCGGAAGACCGAGAGAGCCAUGAACACUGUGUAGUGAGUGCCUGUGGACACUUCCUUGACUUAGGAGCAUGGCGCCUGAGGAAGAAGAAAGAUCUUACCAGAGAGAAGUGAAACAAUCCGAGAACUGUUGCUCUCUCUGUCCGCCAUCUGCCCAGGCCUCGCUAAUUUGCUAACAGGAAAGGUUUGAUUUUAUAGAAGCACGUAAACUCUUUUUCUUUUCCAACUAACAGCUGCGGGACAACAUGCAUCUCCUUCUGUUCCAUGAGACACAUCGGACACAAUUCCCUAAUUCAACUUGCUUCUAUAUCCUUCAUGAAACAUACCAUGACAGGCCUAGGGAUCAGGGGGGAAUCAUGGAUGCUGUCUCUUUGCUGACCCUUCAAAGGCAAAGAUUGCCUUCAACUUAAACUUAGCAAGGACUGACCUAGGACAGUGAGACCUGAGAUGUGAGGUAGGUGCCUUUCUGUACAGCCUGCCUCUCAGCUGACAAGGACCUCUCCGUUUUCCUGGCUUUUCAUCAUUAGCACAUAAGUAACAUUUCUUUGGCACGUACUCAGCUGAAGAGGAGCCACAGAAUGAGUCAGUUCCAUUUAAUAAUUUAUACCUAUGAAUUUUAAUUGAAGUACAAAUGCUGAAUUAUUUCACAGAAGACAGCCACAGGGAACAACUCCCUCAAUGACGUCAAGGAAGGAGUAAUGGGGCCACCUCAGCAGCUCCUCAUGCCAAAGCAUUAAGUAUUCUGAGGAAGCCGACAUUGUCGUAGCUGGAAAGUGGGGAAAGGGAGACUGAUCCCACACCCUGAACUCUUGGGGGCAAAGAGGAACCAUUUGGCAAAAUUUCCAAACUAUAAGACCCUGGGUUUCUUCCACCUAUCACUAAGAAGCCUGUGGAAUGAUGUUGCCUUCCCACACGGUCCCAGCAGCCCACCCGCAAAUCUGCUCCCUGACAAUUGGAUGUUUUCAAUUGGAGACACAGGGUCUGGUUUGCUUUUACCUGGUUCAUAGCUUCGGACUCAUGGAGACAAUUCACCUUUGAGCUCACUGCUGGGAUGGAACAGUGUCUCUGUCAGACUGUCAAGGUCUCGGUUGCCUCCUCCUCCUCCUCAUACUUCUGCUCCUCCUCAUCCUCCUCAUCCUCCUCCACCUCCUCCUCCUCCUCUUCCUCUCUCUCUUCCUCCCUGCAGAACACAAUGUUUGCUGUGCCCACUACUGCACUGACCUCUGAGAGCCAACAAUGACAAACUUGGAACAAUCUGAUCAUUGAUCCUGAUCUGUUAUACAAUGGAUGGCAGAGGCCAUGUGAAAGGCUUGAAUUAGUGAAUCAUCUCUGACUUCAGAAAUCUUAUUAUGAAGCCAUAAUACAAUAACUGAAGAAUAUAUUCCUGCUCCUCUCCACGUUCCUGAAACGAGGCUAGGGAGGGGGGGAUAUGAUUGGCUGUUCAUUCACUGUAAAACAUACCUUUUUCUGGUCAUGGUAGUUGUGCAUCAGAAGGAAGCAGAAGCCAGGAGAAGAAGAUGACCGGCUUCUCUUUCCUCCGUAGGACAAUAAAAGAGCAUCCAGGAGAAAGGUUGGGAGCCAUUUCUGGUAUUUGCCCCUCUCAUUUGCUCACACCCCUUCUGUCUUAGGUAAAUAAGAACGACCCUUUUUCAUCAGGGCCUCCACUCCAACCUCAGACUUGAUAUUAAUCUUAUUUAUAUAUGGAAACCCUUCCCUAAGCUCUUCUUCUCUGAGUUGAAUGCCUUCCCCCAUGAAGGCAGGUCCCUGACACAAGUCUCAGGAGUCCUAUAGACCUUAGUUAAAGCCUUCUCCUUUACAGAUUCAUGUUUUCACCCUUGAGUUACAUCUGGUAGUGGGUGGGGUAGAAGCAGGGACCGGGCAAGAAUUACUGGCCGUGUCUCAUCUUUUUCCACUCACUAACCAUAUAUCCCAUUGUUUCAAAGACUUAUAAUCACAGUUGGCAUUUAUAAUGCAUUUUAUGAUCUUGAAGCACUUGGCAUUCGUAUAUAAAUACAUAAUUAUGAGAGACGUUUAAUACAAUCUUUAUUUUGUAGAUAGGGGGAAAGAGGGAGUCUCAGGGAAGAAGGAUGAACAAAGCUUUUGAUCAUUACUGAGUUUGUUUCUCAGAUAGGCUUGAGUGGCUAUGUAAAGACCAGGAGUAUACUAAGAAUAAAUGAAGGGACUCAGAGUCAAGUGAAGGAAAACUGAGGUCAAUGAAUUGGCAACAUAAAAUAAAUAGUGUUGUGCGUGAGUUAUGCCAGAUGUAGGAAGGAAAGGCCAGAUGAAUUCA